GGGAGUUAUACACUAGAAAGAAAGGUCACGACUACCACAACGUCGUUCAACCCUGCAGUUCUGCAUCGGAGACGAGUGGACUCAUCUCGAUCUGCACGUAUAAAUGCACAUAUAAUAUUACGAUAUGCAGUGUAUAUUAUCCGACAUAAGUUUGCUGCAAGUAUCUGACUCGCACAAAUACAGCUAAAUUCUAACCAUCGAUAUAUUCACUUUACUUCGGGAGAUCCAAGCGUGGGCCCGCAUAAGCGCAGGUAAGAAAUCAGAAGGUCGGAGAAGGGGAAAAGCGGAGGAAAUUUUCAUUUCUCGGCUGCUAUAUACCCUGUGCCGCCACGGCGUCGCCUCGUCCCAAGGAUGAGCCGAGGCGUCACUCAGCUUGUGACCGGCAAGCGGAGCGUCGUGUGCUUACAAAAUUUUUAAUAUUUAUAACUGUACUGUGGCUGAAUUUUUAUUACAACAUAUCAUACAAUUGCUACACCUAAUUAUUUCAAUUAUAGCUUGUUAUUAGCAGCUUUUCCAAAUAUCACUUAAAAAUGACUGGACAACAGCGUCCUUUACCCACGGGCUUCCCAAAUGCCCAACAAAACCCAAUGCGUAAUCAAUUCAGUGGAGGACAAAUGAUUGCAGGUCCAAUGAACCCUCAGCAAGGCAUGCCGAGCUCCCAACAAUUUAGAAGUGAAGCACAAGCUGGAUUUAAUCCAAAUCCAAAAGCAUUGGACGCGUUGAAUGCUCAGCAAGUUAUGGCUAAACAACAGUUGAUGCAGCGUCAGCAACAAAUACAGCAGCAAGUGCUUUUACAACAGCAGCAGCAACAACAACAACAACAACAACAACAAACUGCAUUAGCGCAACAGAAUAAACAGGUUUUUGUUACGCCCGCCGCACCACAAAUGCCAGCUCCUCUGCAGUCUCAACCACCUGUGACAAGACCAUGCAGUAGAGAUUUGAACACGGCUGUUCUUUGCAAAUCGGGACAGGAUCACGUGCAGGAGAUUCUUUCUAGAACUCAAGAGGCUUUUCAAAUGCUAAAAAUUAUUCAGCCUCCUAAUGGUAAUUCUCAAGGACAAAAUUUAUGUGUUGAAAGGAAAAAAAGAGUCCAGGAACUAGUAAAAACAACGACUGAACUUUUCAAGCGCUUGAGAUACAUAUACGAAAAAUGUAAUGAGAAUUGUCAACUUCAGGGCAUGGAGUACACUUAUAUUGAAAGCUUGAUUCCCGUUAGAGAAGAGUGGGACAUGAAAUCUGCGGAUGAGAAAAAGGCUUCGGAUGCUUACAAACUUGCUUGUGAGGAACUAAAGGAGGUAAAGGAGCAAGUUGUUUUGAAGAACAAACAACUGAAAGAAAUUAUUGAUCAUCUCAGGCGUAUUGUCUCGGAAGUCAACACAAUGAUGAAUAUGCGUCGGUCUUAAAAUAGGCCAGAUGCAAAAAAAUUCCAGAUUUUAGAUCUAUAAUAUGUUAUGUAAUGAAAUAUUUAUAAGAUUUCUAUAAAGUUAUUUAUCAUUUAUAAAUAAAAAAACGUAAAUUUA